AUGGAUGCUGAUCAGUUGAAGCAGCUGAUGGACCAUCAGAUGAAGAUGGUGGAGGAGAUGAUUAAGGGAAUGUCGACGGCGAAUGCCCAAAUGGUGGCCCUCGCCGUAACCCGAGCCACGGCCGCAGCGAACGUUCCAGCGCAAUCAUCUCAAGUUCCUCUGCCCUCGCCGCUUGUGCUCGAGGGUGACAUGGAGGAGAACAUGGAUUUUUUCGAGAAAAGCUGGAACAAUUACGUAAAGGCAACACGGAUGGAUAAGUGGCCAGCCACCGACGACCAGCAGAAGGUUAGUUUCCUGUUGUCGGUGAUCGGUGAGCAAGCGAGGAAGAAAUUCUUCAACUUCGAGCUCACGGCAGAUCAAAGCGCCACACCAGAAGACGCUUUGACCGCGAUUCGAGCCAAGGUAACUCCGAAGCGGAAUAUCAUCCUGGACCGGCUUGAGUUCUUUUCCGCGACACAAACGUCACGGGAAACAACGGACGAUUUUUUGACCCGACUCAAGACGCUGGCACAAAUGUCCAAGCUCGGAGAUCAAACCAACAGUCUUGUCACGUACAAACUUGUUACUGCCAACAAAUGGCCCCAGAUCCGCUCCAAGAUGUUGGCCAUCCCAGACAUAACCCUCGACAAAGCAGUGGACAUGUGCCGGGCGGAAGAGAUCACCGCAAGGCGCAGCCUGGAGUUGGCGAUGUUGCCGCCGGAAUCCGACGUAAAGAAGAUCGGCAGGAAGAAGGUCCAGUCCAAGGCGAAACAAUUUCGGUGCAAAUUCUGCGGUGACGCCCAUGAGUUCGUGAAAGGUGCUUGUCCGGCCUUCGGCAAAAAGUGCAAUCGUUGCAAGGGCCGCAACCAUUUCGAGAAGGUGUGCAAGCAGAAGUCCAAGCCAAGCCGAAAGAGCUCGAAGCGCGUGAAGGAGAUCAAGGAUGACAGCAGCGGGACGGAGGAGUACAGUUCUCACGACGACGCCUCAUCGGAGGACAGCGAGGAGGAAGAGUACGAGAUCGGAAAAAUUUUCGACGACUCCGACCGCGGAGGAAGUGUUUGUGCCGAGCUGGAAGUGAAGUUGAACAAAAAGUGGAAGAAAAUCGUAUGUGAACUAGACACCGGCGCAAACACGAGCCUUGUUGGAUAUGACUAUCUAGUGAAACAAGUGAAAGAAGAUAAACCAGUGUUGUUGCCAUCAAAGUUGCGACUGCAGAGCUUCGGUGGGAAUCCCAUCAAAGUUCUGGGUCAAGUGAAAGUGCCAAGCCGUCGAAAAGGACGCAAAUACAAAGUAGUGCUGCAAGUGGUUGAAGGAAGCCAUCGACCACUGCUCUCGGCCAAGGCCUCGAGAGUGCUGGGAUUCGUGCGUUUCUGCAAAGCCGUAACCUUCGGUGGUCCAAACCCGGCUUUCCCCCCUUCGGAUUUGCUUAACAUCUACCGCGUGGAAGCCCAAAGACUCGCAGACAGCCACAAAGACCUGUUCAACGGCUACGGCAAGUUCGACGGCGAGAUUUCGCUGGAGGUUGAUGACUCGGUAGCCCCGUCGAUCCAGCCGCCACGCCGAGUCCCCAUCGCAUUGCGCGGUAAGUUGAAGCACGAGUUGGAAGUCAUGGAGCGAGAUGGAAUCAUCACCAAGGAGUCGGCCCACACGGACUGGGUCAGCAACAUACUCAUCGUGCAGCGCGGUGAUCCAAACAAGCCGAGCGUUCGCGUGUGCCUGGACCCAGUGCCGUUGAACAAAGCUCUGAAGAGACCGCACUUGCAGUUCGUCACACUGGAUGAAAUCCUUCCGGAACUCGGAAAGGCCCGGGUUUUCUCGACGGUUGACGCCAAAAAAGGGUUUUGGCACAUCGUGUUGGACGAGAAGAGCAGCAAGCUAACGACAUUCUGGACGCCUUUUGGGCGCUAUCGCUGGAUACGCAUGCCCUUUGGCAUAGCACCGGCUCCGGAGAUAUUCCAAAUGAAACUUCAAGGAACAAUCCAGGGUCUGGACGGCGUCGAAUGUAUUGCGGACGACAUUCUCGUCUAUGGGACCGGAAACACGAUGGAGGAGGCACUCAUCAACCACAACGAACGCCUCAAGAAGCUCUUCCGCAGACUCGAGGAGCACCACGUUAAGCUUAACCGAGAAAAGCUGAAGCUGUGCCAAACGUCCGUUAAGUUCUACGGGCAUGUUCUAACCGACCAGGGACUGAAGCCGGACGAGAGCAAGAUUUCGACGAUUCGCAAGUACCCAACGCCGACCAACAGGAAGGAGGUCCACAGGUUCGUCGGGAUGGUGAACUAUCUCAGCAAAUUUAUUCCGAACCUCAGCGCGAAUCUCACCAACCUGCGAAAGCUUAUCGUCGAAUCACAACCCUGGAAGUGGACAAGCGCAGAAGCGGACGAGUUCGAUCGUGUGAAGUCGCUGGUUUCAGACAUCGGCACGCUCUCGUACUACGACGUGAGCCAGCCGAUCACCAUCGAAUGCGAUGCAAGUUGUUUCGGGCUGGGUGCUGCCGUUUACCAAAACAACGGUGUCAUCGCCUACGCGUCGCGCACGCUGACGGACACCGAACGGAAUUACGCGCAGAUUGAGAAGGAGCUGUUGGCGAUCCUGUUUGCUUGCAUCCGUUUCGACCAACUCAUCGUAGGCAACCCGCAAGCAACAGUGAAGACGGACCACAAGCCGCUGAUCACCAUCUUUAACAAGCCGUUGCUCUCCGCGCCGAAACGACUCCAGCACAUGCUGCUGAACCUGCAGCGUUACCGUCUCUCGAUUGUCUUUGUCACGGGCAAAGAAAAUGUAGUCGCUGAUGCACUGUCACGCGCCCCGGAACCAAAGGAUCGUUUGCAGGAGGAGAAUAAGAAGUGGAACAUCUACAGGGUGUUCAAGGAACUCGAGAACGUGGAGAUGAGUAACUUCCUGAGCGUUUCGGAUAGUCGAUUGAGCGAGAUAAUGGAAGAGACCGAGAAAGACCCGUCGAUGCAGCAGGUCAUCGAAUUUGUGCAGCGUGGAUGGCCAGCAUCUGCCGACCGAGUCUCGGAAAACGUUAAAGUUUAUUACGGCUACCGCGAGGAACUUUCCACGCAGAACGGUCUUGUCUUCCGUGGUGACCGCAUCCUCGUCCCGCACAUUCUCCGUCGCAAGCUGGUGGACAGCUGUCACGUGAGCCACAACGGCGUCGAAGCCACCCUCAAGCUCGCCCGUGCUAACCUCUUCUGGCCGGGAAUGAGCUCCCAGAUCAAAGAGGUCGUAGCACGCUGCAACGUGUGUGCCAAAUUCGCCGCUUCUCAGCAGAAUCCGCCCAUGAAGAGCCACAGCAUUCCGGUCCACCCGUUCCAGAUGAUAUCGAUGGACGUAUUCUUCGCGGAGUAUCAAGGACACAAGCGAAAUUUCCUGGUCACGGUGGAUCACUACUCCGACUUCUUCGAGGUCGACUUGCUGAAGGACCUUACGCCGCAAUCCGUCAUUGCGGCCUGUCAGCAAAACUUCGCGCGGCACGGCACACCCCAAAGAGUGCUGACGGACAAUGGCACCAACUUCGUCAACCGACAAAUGGUGAAAUUUGCGAAAGACUGGGAUUUUGAACUCGUGACUUCCGCACCACACCACCAGCAGGCGAACGGGAAGUCCGAAGCUGCAGUAAAAAUCGCCAAACGCUUGCUGAUGAAGGCCAACGAAACAGGGACAGAUUUCUGGUACGCGCUGCUCCACUGGAGAAACAUCCCUAACAAGAUUGGGUCAAGCCCAUCUGCGCGAUUGUUUUCCCGUGCUACAAGGUGUGGCGUUCCCAGCUCGAUCAAUAAUCUGCUGCCGAAGGUGGUGGAAAGCGUCCCGGAAGCUAUCGAGCGGAACAGAAAGAAGAUAAAGUUCCAGUACGACAAGAAGGCGCGGGUUUUACCUGAGUUGACGACCGGAUCUCCAGUGUUCGUCCAGCUUAAUCCGGAAACAUCCAAGGUUUGGACACCUGGUACAAUCGCCAACCGGAUGAACGAUCGCAGCUACUGUGUCGACGUUGCCGGCAAGGAGUACCGGCGCAGCCUCGUCCACAUAAAACCACGUCAAGAACCUGCAACGACACCCGUCCGGAGCGGAACACCUGUUCCUGAAUCGCUGCCGGAAAGUGGAUCGAAUUCUGCAGCAGCAGACUUUCCUGCGAUCACACCGAGUUGUCAAAUGGAUGAAUUUACUGGAGAGAACUCGCCGCCUGCUGCGAUGCCGCAAUCGCCGCCGCUGAUGGUUUCAGCGCCUGCCGCGACAACACGAGGAGCGGUGCGUGGAACGGAGAGCAAGGAUAACCACGUGGGCACUCCAGGAGUUACACGACCGAGACGAGAGACCAGGAUUCCAGCGAAGCUGAAGGAUUUUAUUUUGCACUAG